CUUAACUUUCUCUCUCCUAUGCUCAGCGCCGAUGAGCUCCAGCGAAAGCCUGCCAGAGAAUGCUGAUAAGGCCGAGAAAAUAAUAAAUGGGAAUUCUUCAAUUACUGUGGACUUAGGGAAUGUCUUCAAUCUCGUGGACAUCUUGAACAGACAUUUUCCUAAUGAGGCGUCUUUGGCAGAGACAGAUGCACUGCAAUGUAGAAUUUAUGAUGACCAGCGAGAACUACAGAAAGAAAUCAAUGCAUUGCAGGCGCAAUUGAAGAAAAGCCAGGAUUCCAAUAAGAUGCAGCUCAUUCAAGAGCUCAUUUCGGAACUUCUGGGUCAAAUAUCUCGUAUACGCGAAAAGGCCACGGAAUCAGAGGCCGUCGUCCGCAAUAUUACCAAGGAUAUCCAGGUCCUAGAUUUGGCGAAGAAGAAUUUGAUCCUUAGUAUGACUACUCUGAAGAGGUUACAAAUGCUUGUGAAUGCUUUGACGCAGCUGGAGGAUCUUGUAAAGGAGAGAAAGUAUAGUGCAAUGGCGCAAACGCUUUCUGCCGUGAAAGAGAUCGCGGCAGCUUUCAAACCUAUGAUUUCCGUCCCACGCGUAUCGCAAGUCUGGCGCCAGAUACAACAGGUGCAAGGAGCCAUUCGGACAAUUAUCGAGGCGGACUUCGAUAAAUUCUAUUUAGAAGAUCCAAACAAGCAACUCAAAGCCUCGACAAUUGCGGAUGCUUGUCUAGUAGUGGACGCUCUAGGCAGUGACGUGCGAUCAACCCUCAUUGACAGAUACGUGUCCAUAGAGCUCAAAGAGUAUCGGCAAAUUUUCCGAACCACCGAUGAAGCUGGCCAGCUGGACAAUAUUUCGAGACGCUUCUCAUGGUUCCAUCGACUACUCCACUCCCACGAGUUGCACCAGGGAAGAAUAUUUCCAGGCGAAUGGAGAGUUGGCUGGCGGUUACUGUGUAAAUUUGUUGAGAUAACUCGAGAACACUUUUCCGUUCUACUAUCAAAAGCAGGAGCAUCUCUCAAUGUCAAAACUCUUCUCGACAAUUUGCAGCUCACUGCAGACUUUGAGGUAUCAAUAUCCAAGAAGUGGGCAACCCCAUUUACUGACCUUCUGUCUGUGAGCGAUCUACCUGCAGGAUCUAUCAAACCCAUCACCACUGCUUUUGAGCCGCACAUGGGCGUUUUCGUUGAUGCUCAGGACAAGGCACUAGCAGAUAUGUUAGCUCCCCACAGGAAAGGCAAAACUACCAACUCUCAGACUCGUGGUUCUUUGGAAGCGAUUUCUACACUGACUGAUGCCGACGAUGCCAGUUCACCUUUGGCAGUUCUUCCGUCGUCAACAGAGUUGUUCUAUUUCUAUGGUCAAAGCUUAGAACAGUGUGCAAAGCUAUCAACGAGGCAACCUCUUUUCGAUCUCUGUUCGUUACACAAGAAAUGGUUGAAAAUCUAUGCAGAGGAUGUCUUAAUUGCCAGUCUUAAGAGACCUCUGACCACUUCUCAGGGUCGGAGAUCCAUGGAGCAUCGCUAUGAUGCCAAUGCCAUGCAUCAGGCAUCACUGGUGAUCAACACCGCAGACUACUGCCAAGCAACCGCACUUGAACUAGAGCAAAAGAUCCGAGAGAAGAUUAAUGUCGAGUUUAGGGACAGAGUGUCUCUGCAGCGAGAAUGUGAUCUGUUCGUCGGUGCUGUCUCUUCCGCCAUCUCCGUCCAGCUCCGGGAACUCGAAGUUGCUUGUGAUCCUGCCUUUAUGACUAUGCUGCGGACAUCAUGGUCGUCGUUAGCUCAAGUUGUUGGUCCCUCGAUCUAUACUUCUGAUCUGAUUAGAGCGGCGGAAAAAGUCAUCGAAGCGGUCAAACCGCAGAUAGAGCAGAAGAAAUAUUUGAGGAAUCUCUUUGAUAAGGCUUACAACCUUAUCCUCACGAAGUUCACGACUUCUCUAGUCAAGAGUAGGCCACUGGGAGAGAUCGGAGCGGAACAGCUGUUGAUAGACCUUCAAACAAUCAAGGCUUAUUUAUCCAAGAUGCCUGGAGAUACCUUGACAACGACGACGUACACUCGUGGACUUUCCAAGAUUACCUCAAGGCUGGAGUCUCUAUUAAAGGUUAUCGUCACACCUGUUGAUCCUCCUGAAGGGUUCAUACUUAAUUAUACCCUCUUAAUCGGUGAUGCUUCAUUUUCCAAUUUCCAGAAAAUCUUAGACCUCAAAGGUACCCCGAAGUUCGAGCAAAACAAUCUACUGGAUCUAUUCGUGACCAUAACGAGUACAAAGAAUGAUCUCGAUAGCACGUCGUUUUUGACGUCUUUGGAUAUGGAGCCCAACUCCGCGCAGAUUGUCGGAGGUUUGAUCAGUCCUGUGAUCAUCACCCCAGCCAGUGAGGGAAUCUUUUCCGGAUUAACGUCGCCGCCAAUCAGUGGGCCGCCAACUGGGUCCAGUCUUGGCGAUGGCGCUAAUCGUCCCGGAGAACGUCGGGAAGUUUUCUCAGACUUCAGACGAUUCGUUAGCUUUGGACUACGCAGGGACACUCAGGCACCAUAAUAGUAGGAAAUCAUAUGUAACUUAUCCUCAUAACUCGGAAUGGAUGCACCAAUUGAACUAGCA